AUGGGGAUUUUUCAGAUUUUGUUCUGUUUCUUCUUUCCAUUUUUUUGCCAGACAUUUCCUAGCAAUGUGCAGGAAAGAGAACUGGCGCCCAUGGAUGAGGAGAGGCAUCUAGUCUUGGCACAAGACAUGCUUCAUGGUGAUCAUUUAAUUGUUAAGGAUGCUUCAUUGGAGUUCCAAGGAUGUGGAAGAAACAUAGGCACUCGUUGGGGAAACCUAGAGACCCUUGGGUUUCUCAGAGAGUAUGAAACUGGUUUUCUGGACAGAAUAAAGCAGAACUCAAGGGAAGAUCUUGCAUUAUUUGGAAUUUGCCCAGAGGAGGCACAGGCUGACAAUAAAGGAGCUAUAAAAGAAUUUGCAAGAUUCAUUGCAGAACCUGAAGGAAAACAACUUGUUGUCCUGCAUCUUCAAAAAGAAGACUGGGAGACUGAGACCAACUUCAAUUUUCAAGGACCAGUGCAGCAACAUAUUCCCCCCUUUCUUCAGCAUUUGCAUUUACUCAUAGCUGUUUUUUAUCCUGAUACAAACAACCUUACAAUGGGAUCGAAGGUCAUGAUCUCUGGGGAAGCCAUCCCACAAAGUCAGGUUGUUUGCUUGUCAUCGGGAACUCGAUAUCUUGUUGUCAGGCUGAAUGAGAAGGCUAUAAGCGCUGAACCAGAGGACCUAAGACUCAACACAUCCUUUCAAGUAAAAAAAUAUUCAGAUGGAUCUACGCUUUCAACUGCCGACUUUGUGUGCCACCUGUUUGGAAUGGAUAAAAGGUGCUUUACCAAGAUCACACCUGUCAUAUUUAUGGUCUUAAGCCACAAUGGCCCCAUCAUAAGUAGUGAUGAGAAAAGGAGGGGCUUUAGAAAUCAGAGCAACACAUGUAUAAUAAUUCAUUCCAUGAAGGAUGAGUUUCUGGAAAUUCUAUCCCGUUUCUCAACACUUCUGAUGCCUUCUAACACCAAACCAUCUUCCACUAUUCACGUGUCUCUUGAUCCUAAAGAUGAAAGUGAUGUUGAAUUUCGUCCUCAACUGCUGAAUGUUACAGAGGUAGAGACAUUGGAGUGGUUGGUGGACUCUCAGGAACCCCUUGUGUUUCUUUUUUUACCUGGGAGCAAACAUCUUUUGGCUAAUAGAAUUCACGAAAGAAUGAAUGUGACAUUGCUAGAGAGAAUCACUGAAAAGACACAAGAGGUGCUAGAAGAGAUGAAAGAUAUCUUUUCAACUGGUGAUCAUGUCCAAAUUCUUCAAAAACUUAUUAUCUCUUGCCAUAGCCACUUCAAUGUUAGCUAUCUAUCUAUAGAUGAGGAGCAGUCACCACAGUUGGGAAAUAAACAGCAUAGGAAACUGCAUUCACUGAUGCUCCUUAAAACGUUACAGACAAUUCGUGCCUAUUGGCAAGACCGCAAAAAAUUAUCACGACAGAACCGUGGAGCAGGCCUCAAACCUCACUGUCGCCUGCAGGAGCUGACCAUCAACUUAAAACCAUACCCAGAAUAUAAAGACAUCCAUUUUCCAGAAGAAAUAAACAUCAACAACUGUGUAGGGCCUUGCCGAUUCCCACAGACCACUCAAAGUGAAUACCAUGCCCAUGUAAUUUUGCUCAUCCAGCUCCAGGAGAGAAGACAAUCUAGCCUUGAUCGACCACCUUGUUGUGUACCUGUUCAAUAUCAAGAACAGUGGCUGAUGGUGGCACAUGAAAAUGGCAUUAGACUUCACCUCUAUCCAAAUAUGGUUGCCAAAGAGUGUGGUUGUAGAUAGGUAUAUUAUAUACAACUAUCAUAUUCAGUUUUACAGCAAAUUUAAAGUGUUAAUUUUUAUCAUUUUUUAAAUA